GUCUGGACCAGACCAAAGUUUAGAGAGCGUGUGAGGUGGUGCUUCACUAAAAGCUCUAUCCCACUCGGGGAGAAGAGCUACUAUAAAUAAGAGGGAUUUUAUUUAUUUAUUACUUUUAACUUAUUUUUUUUCUUUCUCUGUGGAUUACUUGGAGCCGAAUUAAAAACGGAUUAAAAAACGGAUAUUGUGUUUUACUGAAAGCUAUGGUGGCUUACGAUGAACUGGGAAGCUUGGUGCCUAUCAAACGGACGCUGCAAGUGAUAGACUGCCAGAACCAACUCCACAAGGAUUUAGAGGAACCCAGCAACAAGCGUGUCCGUUCUCUCGGCAGGGUGACGUCGUUAGCCAACCUCAUCUCUCCGGUGAAGAAUGGGGCCGUCCGGCGCUUCGGCCAAACCAUCCAGGCCUCCUUCCGGAGCGAUGGCAAGUCGCCGGCCAUGCCCCAGAAGCCUUGCAGCAAGGCGGCGGCCCCCACGCCACCUAAAAGGAGAAACAGCACACUGUGGUCGGAGACGCUCGACGUGCACCAGAAAGAAACCUUAACCACCAAAGAGAUCAAGCGACAGGAGGCCAUAUUUGAGCUGUCUCGUGGAGAACAAGACCUGAUUGAGGACCUCCAACUUGCACGCAAGGCAUAUCAUGACCCAAUGCUGAAGCUCUCCAUAAUGUCUGAAGAGGAGCUCUCGCACAUUUUCGGCAACCUGGACGCCUAUAUCCCUCUGCAUGAGGACUUGCUGGCCCAGCUCUCUAAAGCGACAGGCUCCAAUGGAACUGUGGGCCAGAUCGGUCAGAUUGUUGUAAACUGGCUACCCAGGCUGGACGCUUACAAGGAGUACUGCAGCAACCAGCUGGCCGCCAAGGCCCUGCUUGACCAGAAGAAACAAGACCGGCGGGUGCAGGACUUCCUGCAGCGCUGCCUGGAGUCACCCUUCAGCCGGAAGCUGGACCUCUGGAGCUUCCUAGACAUCCCGCGCUCCCGUUUGGUCAAGUACCCGCUCCUGCUCAGGGAAAUCCUGAGACACACUCCGCCAGAGCAUCCGGACGCCACUAGCUUGGAACAAGCAAUCACCAUCAUCCAAGGAGUGCUGUCUGACAUCAACAUGAAGAAGGGCGAGUCCGAGUGCUUGUACUACAUCGACAAGCUGGAGUACCUGGACGACCGCCAGAGAGAUCCCCGUCUCGAACAGUGCAAAAGCCUGCUGUGUCACGGCGAGCUUCGCAACAAGAGCGGCACGAAGCUGCACGUGUUCCUGUUCACCGAGCUACUCGUCCUGACCCGCUCAGUCACCCGAAACGAGCGCCAAUGUUUCCAAGUGUAUCGGCAGCCCAUUCCCGUGCAGGACCUGGUAUUGGACGACCUGCAGGACGGCGACGUCAGGAUGGGCGGUUCUUUCAGAGGCGCCUUUAGCAAUGCUGACAAAGCCAAGAACAUUUUCCGCGUUCGCGCCCAAGACCCCGGCCAAGCGCAGUCACACACGCUCCAGGUCAACGAUGUAUUCCACAAGCAGCAGUGGCUCAACUGCCUGCGCAGCGCCAUCUCCGUCCACCGGCCCCAAGGCGAGCCCGCCUCGCCGACAACAACAACGGACGUCCGCUCCAAGCGCCGCCCGUCCUCCGUCUCCGCCAUUGUCCACAUGGAGGAGACGGACGAGAACUGCCCGCAGCGGGCCACCCAGUCUGCCCCCAGCUCGCCAUGCGGCACUGCCACCCCGUCCCCCUCCGACUCCCCCUCCUCCUCCACGUCAUCGUCGCCCGUUCCCCCGCCAGCGUCUCAGAAGACCAAAAAGGACAAGAAAUACCUUUAUUCAUUAGGGAAGAGAAAAGAGACCAUGGUGUGAAGUGGAAAACGAAAACGGACUCAUUUUCUUGUACAUAAGCACGGGAAAACGUGGGACUUGUAUUUAUGUGUGUCAGUGUGUGCGCAUACCCUUACAACAGUGUUCUGUGUGACUGUCCACUUUGGCAGCUGUUUACCUCACCCCUCCUUUUUAAGACCAUCCCAAAGACCAGGGUUUCCUAAACUGCAUAUUUGAAAUAACAUAAACAUAGACAUCAAAUUGUUGUCCUGCCAUAAGAUAGACCCGUUAUGGGUCGCCAACCUACGUUUGGGAAACCCUGCCAAAGACAAAAACAAAGGGAAGAAUGUUUACCAUUAAUUUGAUAUUUAAGCAAUCUUGUUUCCUGCAUAAGAAGAGGGGUGUAGUUUUACAUUUUUAUAUUCUUAUGUGGUAUCUUUUUUGGUUAUAAUAAUGGAGCACUGUUUUAGCUUUUAGGUGGCGCAUGUGUUUUAGGUAAGACAGGAAGAUAAAUAAAUUAAGAUGUACCGCAUAAGUUACGAGUGAACAAGACGUCUUAUUUUUAUACAUUCCUUGAAACGAAAAAUGCCAGGACGUGGUUGCCGGUUUAUUUUUGGGUAUCGGCGUCAGGCGUUAUUUAAAUCCGAUCACAAGUCGAGGAUGUUCUGAAACCAAUUUUCGAACUGAGCCAUGUUUGGUUUCGGAAGGAGACUUUUCGGUGUAGCAUCUUUCAUGGAGUCGAAGUUGUGGACUUUUGCACCAGAGGAACGGAAUUACGAAACGUGUUGUAAGAAGGAUGAAAAAGAGUAUGUUGCUGAAGAGAACAGACUGUGUGGAAAUGGAAAGAAAGAUAAUUAAGAAAAUGUUGGAUGGUCAUAGUUGGGAAGAGUAUGUAGGGGACGAAGAAAAAAGAAUGUUUCUGUAUGUGUAUGUCGAGAUUGGAAAAAGAAAAAGGGAAAAAGGUGUACUUGCCAUUAACUUUACCAAACAAUAAAGAUCUGUGUAAGAUUUGACCCUGAA